ACAACAAAAUCAUAUGUUUUUAUUAAAACACAUUUCAUAAGACAAUCACCGCAAUUUGAUCCCAGAAAAAGAUCCACAAAAAACAAUGAACACAAUACCAUUGGUGGCCAAAGAGGCAGUUUUGAUGGCCAGUAAAGGUACUGCCGAUGACGAUAACCACCACUGCGUUGAUGUUAACGGCAGACACUUGAAGACCACGGAUUCAAUUCUCGAUACAUUUACCACUCAAGUAAAGGGCUAUGACUUCAAUGAAGGUAUAAAUCAUUCGGCACUACUUCAGACAUAUCUGACCACUGGAUUUCAAGCGACCAGUUUUGGACAAUCUGUUCAACAAAUUGAACAAAUGCUGAAGAGUCGCGACGAACCGUUCGAAGAGGACGUCUUGGAAAGCGAUAAUUUUAUCCGACGAAAGACCGGUUGUACCAUAUUUUUAGGAUAUACUUCUAAUAUGAUAUCCAGUGGUGUCAGAGAUACCAUCCGAUUCUUGGUUCAGCACAAAAUGGUGGACUGUAUUGUCACCAGUGCUGGCGGUGUAGAGGAAGACAUAAUCAAAUGUUUAGGUCCGACAUUUGUCGGCGAUUUUAGUCUAAAAGGUAGUGAACUAAGAGAUGAAGGGAUCAAUAGAAUUGGAAAUCUUUUGGUACCAAACGAUAAUUAUUGUAAAUUCGAGAAUUGGGUUCAACCAGUAUUGGAUCAGAUGCUUGCAGAACAACAUAGUAGUGAUGGCCAACAACAACAAAAAAUAGUUUGGUCGCCAUCGAAGGUUAUUACCAGAUUAGGCGAAAAGAUUAAUAAUGAAGAAUCGAUACUGUAUUGGGCGGCACGCAAUCAGAUACCAGUUUUUUGUCCGGCACUUACUGACGGCUCGUUAGGCGAUAUGAUCUACUUUCACACCUAUCGAAACCCGGGUCUUGUCAUUGAUAUAGUUCAAGAUAUACGACGACUUAAUACCAUAGCAGUGAAGGCCCGAAAGUCGGCAAUGAUUAUAUUAGGCGGUGGUUUAGUUAAACAUCAUAUCUGUAACGCAAACUUAAUGAGAAACGGUGCCGAUUAUUCCGUUUUUAUAAAUACGGCCAAUGAGUUUGAUGGCAGCGAUGCCGGCGCCCGACCCGAUGAGGCUGUUUCGUGGGGCAAAAUAAAACGUGAAGCAAAACCUGUCAAAAUAUAUGCCGACGCUUCGAUCAUAUUUCCGUUAUUAGUGGCCGAAACAUUUGCACGACAUCAUCACUAUAGUGUAUCCAAAAAGAAUUGUUGAUCGGAAACACUGGUCACCACUGACUGAUCACUACUACUCGAUAGCAGUGGUGAUAA